AUGUUUCACCGGAUUGUCACUUGUUCAUUUGUGUUGUUCACCUGUCGCGCAGUGGAUAACUUCUCUGGGCCCUCACUCCGUGACUUUCAUGACGGAACAGCGGGAAGUCUUAUGCCAGAGGCUACAAAUAGUUUGAACUCUCCUUAUCAUUUGGCAGUUAGUACCUCCACAAAUGAAGCAGAAUGUCACCUCAACGAAAAAGGUUCCCGGGUCGAUCUUAUGUUUUCAACUCAAAGGCUAGAAUCGAAUGAAGGUGACUUGACUUUGGCUAGGUUGUCUCAGCCAAACUAUCUCGAAAAACAAAAACAGAGGUACAAUUCUCGCGAACAGAUAGAGCCCAAGUUGAACAAGGGUAAUUAUCAUGGACGUGAUCCCAUUGCGACUUGCGAGAUGACUUCAAAAUCAAGUAGCAAAUUUCAGAAGAGCUCAGAUUACGCGAAAUCUAAGUCUUCAACAGCACUCGAGUGA